CAAAAAAUAACUACAAUUGAAUCAAAUAUUCAAUAUAAGAAUGAAUUAACUGAAGGUAGUUUUGAAACUAAUGAUACUAUUGAUUUAACAGAAAGUACACCAACUGAGACAACAGUCGAACUAACAAAUACUAGAAAGAAAUCAUUUUUUGAAUCUUUAAAUUCUGAACAAAAUUCUAAACAAGUAACUGUUGAAGAUAAAAUUACUCGAUAUUUUGCAAUUCCAGUUGAUCCUAAUACAAAUCCAUUAGAUUGGUGGUGCCAUUUUGGUAAAGAUUUUUCAAUUCUUGCAAGUAUGGUAUUAUGCUAUUUAAGUGUUCAGGAUUCAAGCAUACCUUUAGAACAGGCUUUUUCUAUGAGUACAACCUGGAGUGUUAAUUUGAAAUACAACUCGGGUUGCUCCAUAUGGAGUGCUCUGGAGCAAAUUAUUCUUAUAACCCAGAGCAUUAACCUGGAGCAUCAACCUGGAGUACAAUCUGGAGUACAACCCAGAGUAUUAAUUUGA